AAGUGUUUUGCAACGUCGUUCUCGAGUAUUAUUUGAGUACAUUGCCUUAUUUUUUAAAAACGAUUUAAAGUAUUCAUAUUUCUAUGCAGAAUAAUAAUUGAUUUUCAAAAUAUCUACCAUGUCAACGUCAAAUGAACGUGCAAGAAGAGGACCAGUAUCACCGGAUGACCAUGAAUUUGUUGUUCCAAAAAAGUCAGUUAAAACACCAACUGACAUGGCAAUUUGGGAAAAGUCAGAAGCAUAUUUUGAAUACUUGGGGUUUAUACUAGCUUUAAAUGAGUCAGUUCAGGGAAAGGCUUUAAAUGUUGAAUGCCCACAUAGUCCUAUAAUAGACAAUAUUAUACAAAUGCUUAAUGAAUUUGAUGAAUGGAUAACACAAAUACCUCCAACUGAACAACCUCAACGGUUUGGUAACAAAUCAUUUAGAAUAUGGCAUGAAAGAUUACAACAGAAUGGAGUGGAAGAAUUACAAAAAGUAUUGCCAGAAAAAUUAUAUAGAGCAGUCCCAGAGAUAGUAGAAUAUUUGUAUGAAGGUUUUGGUAAUGCAACACGUAUAGAUUAUGGUACAGGACAUGAAAUGGCAUUUUUGAUGUUUCUGUGUUGCAUGUUCAAAAUUGGUGCUUUCAAACAGGAGGAUAAAGUUGCAGUAGUUGUUAAAAUAUUUAAUAGAUAUCUUGAAUUAGUUCGCAGAUUGCAAUUAACAUACAGAAUGGAACCAGCAGGUAGUCAUGGUGUUUGGAGUUUAGAUGACUACCAAUUUGUUCCUUUUAUAUGGGGGAGUGCUCAGCUAAUUGGUCAUCCUCGUAUAGAACCUCGUCAUUUUGUUGAUCAGGACAUUGUUGAAUCAUUCAGCAAGCAGUAUAUGUUCCUUGGUUGCAUUCAAUUCAUUUCAAAGGUAAAGACAGGUCCAUUUGCUGAGCAUUCCAAUCAAUUAUGGAAUGUUAGUGCAGUGUCCUCAUGGGUCAAAGUAAACAGUGGUCUUAUUAAAAUGUACAAAGCUGAGGUUUUAGCGAAAUUUCCUGUUAUUCAACAUGUUUUAUUUGGAUCUUUAUUACCGAUAAAGCAAGCUUCUAUGCCACCUGUUUGCAAAGAUCCUCGUAAAGAACAAUCUGAACGACUACCGCCGCCUCCGCAGUAACGAUAUUUAAUGAAUAUGCUUUAUACUUGUUGAUGUAGAUUGUAAUAAAUAUUCAUUAUUUAUAAUAAAACUGUACACUGCGAUUA